AUGGCGCAGGAACCGCGCAUUGCCGUUAUCGGCCUUUCCUACCGUGCUCCUGGAGUCAAGGGUAAAAGCCUAUGGGAGUACCUGUCUCAAGCUAGGUCCGCAUGGACUAGUGUUCCAGCUGAUCGCUAUGACCAAUCCGCAUAUUACCAAGCUGGUGGUCAGAAGUCAGGCGUGGUCGGCACCAAGGGAGCACAUUUCAUCGACAGCCCCUUCGGCUUCGAUGCGGCCUUCUUCAAUAUGAGGGCCGAUGAAGCCAAGCAUGCGGACCCACAGCAUCGUCUCAUGCUCGAGGUAGCACUCGAAGCAGCAGAGGAUGCAGGAAAGACCUUUCCCGAUCUCGCCGGCAAGAAGAUAGGUGUAUUCGUUGGCUCGGGCCAGCACGAAUAUGCUCAGCGUCUAGGCGAUGACGAGCAUGCCAUUCAAACCUUUUCAGGAACGGGAGCGGCCCCCUGUAUGGCUGCGAAUCGUGUCUCGUAUUUUUUCGACAUCGACGGUCCAAGUGUCGUAGCAGACGCUGCAUGCGCUAGCAGUGUGUACGCAGCAGACAUGGCUGUUAGAGCCUUGCGUAACGGUGAAUGCGACGGAGCCUUUGUUGGCUCAGCGUCGCUAAACUUGAGUCCGGCGGGCUGGUUGGUGCUGGAGAAGACAGGAGCGCUUUCGGAGCACGGCAGAAGCUACUCAUAUGACACCAAAGCAUCGGGCUUUGGCCGUGGGGAGGGCGCCGCAUGUCUGUUGCUGAAGCGUUACGACGAUGCCAUCCGUGAUGGCGAUCCAGUUCAGGCAUUGAUUCUUAGUUCUGCGUGCAACCAUAGUGGCAGAUCAGAUGGGAUCACGAUGCCUAACGGAUUGGCUCAACAGAAAUUGCUCUGGUCAGUACAUAACGCUGCCGGUGUGGAUCCUUCCGAUACACCUGUUGUCGAGGGUCACGGCACAGGAACAGCAGUCGGUGAUCCAAUUGAAGCCGGAGCAUUCACUGCUGUGCUAGCCAGGAAUCGCACAGCGAACAACCCAAUCUACCUAGGAUCUCUCAAGUCAAAUUUUGGACAUUUAGAAGGAGCGAGUGGCGUACUCGCCAUGGUCAAAGCAAUCAUGAUGGUCAACAAAGGCAUCGUUCUACCCACCGCCGGAUUUGAGAAAAUCAACCCAAAAAUCGAAGGCCACGAAAAGAUCAAGAUUGCAGAAAUGCCACUUCCUUGGCCAAAGAAUGAGCCACGGCGCUGCAUUGUGACCAACUUUGGUUUCGGUGGUAGCAACUCUGCAAUACUUUUGGAGGGUCCACCGCCCAAGGCUGUGUCAGAUGACCACGCCCUGAAUGGGGCCGCUGGCACGAAUGGCCAUGCUUUGAAUGGAACCAACGGUACAAAUGGCCAUGCUUUGAAUGGAGCUAAUGGUACAAAUGGCCAUGCAAUAAAUGGAGCCAACGGCACAAACGGCCACCAUGAAAACGGAAAUGGCGUUGCUACUCAGAAUCAGCGGCUCUACGUAUUUUCAGCUAAGACGCAGAAGAGCCUCACGUCUUACCUGAGUACUUUCGACGAAUACUUGGAUGAAGCGCCAGAAUCGAGUGAAUUUGCCAAAGAUCUGAGUUACACGCUGGGACAGCGUCGCAACCAUUACCCAUAUCGAGUUGCAGCUGUCGCAGACUCUAUUGAGACCCUGCAAGAAAAACUAUCGGCUUUGAAACCCAGCAGAACGAAGGAGCGGGGAGUCCUUUUCGUGUUCACUGGACAAGGCGCUCAGCAUGCUGAGAUGGCUUCCGGAUUAGAAAGCUUUGAGAUCUUCAACAAGACAUUGCAAGAGGCAGAAAUGCAACUCCAAACCAUGGGAGCGCCCUGGUCUCUCAUUGAAGAACUUCGGAAACCAUCGUCUGAGUCACGAGUCGAUGAUGCGGAAAUUAGUCAGCCCGCCUGUACUGCAGUACAAUUGGCUUUGGUGGCACUGCUGAAGGAAUGGGGGGUUACUCCAGCCGCGGUCACUGGUCACUCUAGCGGUGAGAUCGCUGCAGCGUAUGCUGCUGGCUUGAUUACAUUCCAACAAGCCAUAGCCGCAUCGUAUUUCCGUGGUCAAGCAGCCGCUCAACUAGCCGCAAAGCAGCAGCCAGAAGAGAAAGGGGCCAUGCUUGCCCUUGGUGUGAGCUUUGAGGAGGCCUCAAAGCUGAUAGAAGAGCAUGCUGAGGCGUAUGCCACAGUUGCCGCCGUCAACAGCCCGAAUAGCGUCACCAUCUCGGGAGACCAGUCCGCAAUUGACAACGUCCACAAAGCGGCGGAAGCCAAGGGUUUGUUCGCUCGCAAACUCAAGGUUCAAAUGGCAUAUCAUUCCCGGCACAUGGAAGCUGUCGCCGCGUCCUACCUCGAAGAUAUCAAACCCUAUUUCCAGGAAGAUGCCCCUUUCCUGGACAAGAAGUCCACUACUAACCCAGCGUUUGUGUCAUCUGUCACUGGCCGAGUGGUGGAUAGGAUUGAGGCUUCCUAUUGGGUGAAGAAUCUCGUCCAACCAGUCAUGUUCAUGGAUGCAGUCCAUGGUCUUCUGGCACCUCAACAUCUUGGCACAGGCAAGGCUGCUCAGGCAUUGCCCAGAGUUGUCAUAGAGGUUGGUCCACAUGCGGCUCUGAAAAACCCAAUCAAGCAGACAGCAGAACUUGUACAGGUCCAACAAAAUUGGACGCCCGCCUCAUUUACAUACCUGCCCACUUUGUUCCGUGGUACUGACGCCACUCAAGCUGUGCUAGAGCUAGCUAGCUCUCUUUUCACUCUGGGAGCACGGGUCGAACUCGCAGCAGUCAAUCAGACUGACAAACAUAAUGCUGAAGUCCUGACCGAGCUUCCGGCAUAUGCAUGGGAUAAAACUGACUACGAAUUAAGGCCAAGAUCCACAAACGACAAAUACUUCCCCGGUGAAAAUUACCACCCUCUUCUCGGCCGCAAAAUUAGCCCCAAUGCUAGCGGGGAGAGAACAUACAGACAGGUGUUUACCCUGGAUGAGAUGCCGUGGAUUCGAGACCACGUCGUUGGUGGUGCCACCAUUUUUCCAAUGACAGGCUAUAUGUCUUGCGCGAUCGAGGCUGCCCGGAGGACACUCUCCACCCCUGCCGCUGCUUUCCUCGUGACAGAUUUCCACGUCGUCCGGAGUUUGGAGAUACACGAGGAGGAAACCGUCGACAUGACGACAAAGCUGAGGCCAGCAGCCAUUGGUGAGGGAGCCUUCUCAACUAAGGUUUGGUCAUUCGAAAUGACGACAUGGGCAGAGGAAAGUGGCUGGACAAAGCACAGCUGGGGCCAAAUCGAGGCCGAGAUGACCGACAUGUCCAUGGAUACACCCACAUUCCGAGCUUCCCUUCCACUGGUCAACAAGACCACCGGCUUGAAGGAGCACGAUAUCAAUGCUGAAUAUCAGACUGCGGGUCUGCGCGCGACAUUGUAUGGACCCUCGUUCCGGAAUAACGUGAAGUUCUACGAAGGCAAGGGUUAUACGAUCCUGGAACACCGGUUGAGAGACCUCGGUGAAGCGCUACGCGAUCCGUACGCUCGAGGAUCGCCUGUCAGCACUGAUCCUCCAACUCUCGAUGGAUUCCUCCAAGGUGGUGGACCUCUCCAAUAUGACGAGCAUGGGAGGCGACCGGCGCAAAUGCCCAAUUACAUCAGCCGUUUCAGAGUCUCCAACAAGAUCCCAUCAGAUCCUUCGCACCGCUUCGACGUGGUCAUGCGUCGACUUGACUAUGAUGUUAGAGGUGGUCGCAUGCAUGUCGGAGUAGCCGCUUUCUCAAGAGGACCUAAUGAUGAAUUAACGCCUAUCGCUGAAUGGGAGUCCUGUGCAUUCCGAAACAUUGGGUCAGCUGAAGAGGUUAUCGAUCCCUCCGCCACCGUGCCCGACAACUGGUCCUGGGAAGUCCUACCACGCUAUGAUUUUGUCCCACAGGACCAGCUAAGAAAGAAGCUUUGCGAUGCAGUUGGGGAGUUGGGGGUAGAAGAAGAUAUUCGCAUCCGCAAGGGUGAAGAGGCUGCGUGUUAUUACAUUGAAAAGGCGUUGAAAGAAACGGCCGACCUUGACUACUCGAAGCUGCCACCUCACCUGGCCCGAUUCGUUCGUUGGGGCUACAAGACUGUUGCUGAGUAUGACCUGGAUUACAGCAGGGGCGAGCCUACAGCUCUGCUGAACGAGGUGCGGACCAGCGACGCCCAAGGUGAACUCAUCUGCAUCAUGGGUGAACACAUCGUUGAUAUACUGCGGGGCAAAAUCGAACCACUGGAGAUUAUGCUGACUGAUGGGCGGCUCACUCGCCACUAUGAGGCAGACGUAACGAAUGCCCACCUCAGCAAGGUGCUGGGUUACUUGACCGAGUACCUGGCCGACCUUGAGCCAAAUCAACGCAUUCUGGAGAUCGGAGGUGGAACAGCUGGCACAACCCUCCCUGUACUCGAAGGCUUGUCGCGUGGCAGAGACGAGCUAGCUGUGCUGGACUACACUUUCACGGAUAUUUCAACUGGUUUUUUCGAAAUGGCUCGCAAAAAGCUGAGUGAUUGGUCGCGGCGCAUUACUUAUAAGAGACUUGAUAUCACGCAGGACCCUAGCGACCAAGGCUUCGAACAGCAAGAUUAUGACGUAGUCAUUGCGGCAAAUGUCCUGCAUGCGACUGCAGACAUGGUGAAGACCAUGACUCACGUGCGGAGCUUGUUGAAACCGGGCGGUAAGCUCAUCUUAUUAGAGGCAAUGCGUCAUCCAGCCUCUGUUCUUCCAUUCUCACUACUUCCUGGUUGGUGGGAAGCCGAGGACAAAUACCGUGACCACGAAGAGGGGCCGAUGAUGCCAGCGACCGUAUGGAACCAACUGCUCCUUGACAGUGGAUUCUCUGGCGUUGACGUGGUUCUUCCGAGUAGGUAUGGGACUGACAAGCCAUUCGUGAGCAUCUUGUGCUCCACUAGAAUCGGAAAGCAGGACAACAGCAGGCCGAUCACUAUCUGUGGACCUUUCCUGGAUGAAAACGAAGUGGAAUUUGCCCAGUCCGUGGCGGAUCUGAUCUCAAAGGAACUUGGCUAUCCCACUGAGAUGAAACCAUAUGCGGAAAUCGAUCCUGAAGACGACCCGUAUUAUGUAUUCAUUGACUCUCCACACGAGAGCGCCCUGCAAGACAUGGACCAAGAAAAGUUCAAGAGCCUCCAGACCCUGCUUCUACACAACACGGGAUUGUUGUGGGUCACACCUGAAGGUGCUUCCCCUGACGCCAAAAUUAUCCAAGGCAUGGUGCGCACCUUGCGUAUGGAGGUUGACCUCAAGAACUUGAUCUUGUUUGAAGAUGUGCCUUGCACAUCUCAAGGUGCCGCGGGAAUCAUGAAACUUGCCACGAAACUACGCGACUCCGAGCUGUCGCGCGACCAGGACUUUGAUUUCGCCUGGCAGGACGGCGCAAUCCACCUUCCACGAAUGCGUCAGUUGAAGGAAGUCAAAGAACAAUUCGCUGUUGAGGAAGGAGUCGCUUACCGCAAAAUGCAGAACUUAUGGGACAACAAUGACCGUGGUCUGGAGAUGACGAUAGAUGCCGCAGGAAGUCCUGAUACCAUAUACUUCCAGAGGACUGAUGUCUCAAAUAUCGGCGAGGAUGAGGUUGUGGUAAGGGUGGAGGCAGCAGGUGUAGGCCAUCGCGAUCUCGAGGUGAUCCUAGGAUCGAUCCCUUGGGCUCCACCCAGCUACGAAGGAGCCGGUAAGAUCAUCAGGACUGGUUCUCGGAUCUCACAUCUGCGCGAGGGAGAUGACGUCUUCUUCCUUACUCCUGAUUCUAGCGCCCUAGCGACCGAAGUCAAGCUCCCAUCAUGGCUGGUCGGCAAGAUCCCACAAGGUAUUACUAUCCACGAUGCUGCAACUCUACCGCUCGCAUAUUCCCUCGCAGUACUAGCUCUUAUCCAGACAGCGCGGCUUAGGAAGAAUGAGACAGUCCUCAUUCAUGCAGCUGCUGGCGCUGUAGGUCAGGCAUGCGUGGCGCUUGCCCAAAACGUGGGCGCUCACGUCUAUGUGACUGCUGGGAAUGAAGCGAAGAGAGAAUUCCUACACGAAAAGUUUGGGAUCCCCAAAGAUCGAAUCUUCUCAAGCCGCACGCCCGAAUUCAGAGACCAGAUCUUGAGCGCAACGGCCAACAAGGGCAUCGAUGUCAUUGUGAACUCUCUGGGUGGGGAGCUCAUGACUGAAACUUGGGCUUUGACCGCACCCUUUGGUCGUUUCAUCGAAAUCGGCAAGAAGGACGCCUUCCAGAACAACAAUUUGCCCAUGAAGCCUUUCAAUAGAAAUGUAACAUAUACAGGCAUCGACUUGCGCGACCUCUACCAAUUCCGACGAGACGAUAUCAAGGACGUCUUCACCGAGGUGGUCACAUUGCUACAGCGCGGCAAUAUUCAACCCAUCGGCCCGGUGACCACAACUCCCAUUUCCCAAUUUGCUUCCGCUCUUCGAAAGUUGAAGUCUGGUGAACACAUGGGUAAGAUGGUGAUCACACUAGGCAAGGACGACACUGUUGUCGCGGAGACAGCCCUGCGGCCCUUGAAUGUGACUCUGAAGCCAGAUGCGACGUAUCUUGUUGCUGGUGGCACACGCGGUAUUGGGCUUGAUCUAGCAUACUGGAUGAUUGAUCACGGAGCCCGUUAUAUUGUUCUUCUCGGCCGCAGCGGAGCAUCUGGGCCCGAGGCUCAAAAGAUACUGAACAGAUACAAGGAUACUGAUGUUUGCGUCAAGAUAUUCUCUUGCAACGUCGGUCAUCGGGAUGAGCUUGCCGAAGUUGUAGAGGCUAUCAAAGACCUCCCUCCAGUUCGUGGUGUUGUACACAGCGCCCUCCUCUUGAGUGACAAACUGUUCGUCAACUCCACUCUCGAAGAUUGGGAGAUCAUCACCACCCCAAGGGUAAAGGGCGCAUGGAACCUCCAUGAGCUUAUGCCAGAUAAUCUCGAUUUCUUUGUCGCUCUUUCUUCAUUCAACGGGGACACUGGAAAUCUUGGCCAGGCCAUCUACGCUGGUACCGCCGGAUUUUACAAUGCAUUCUCUCAAUACCGUAAUUCCCGCGGCCAGUAUACCGUUUCCAUUGCCCUGCCUGUCGUGCUGGAUGUAGGCUAUGUAGCGGACAACAACCUGAGCGAGAUUCUCAAGGAAUCGCUCGGCGUGGCAAUCACAAUGGCCGACAUUCGAGCAAUUUUCGGAGGCAUCCUACUCGGACCAUCUUCCCCAUUCGUCUACAACGGCAGAGCGCAGACCUUCAUGGUCUACAUCGACGGUCAGCCGGUUCAGAAUGGUGGUUGGAAAUAUUUCCACCCGGUUCACACCAAGGUCCGUCUUAUGAGUGACAGGAGGAGAGUCAAGAUUGCGAGCGGAGGAGUCGACCAACACUCCGCUUCCUGGACUACCGCUGAAGACCCAUUGAUUGGCCUGACCGAGGCAAUGAUAACAAAAGUCUCCGCAAUGACCAUGAUUGAGCGGGAAGAGGUGCUCCCUGACGCACCUCUUACAUCGUACAAUCUCGAUUCUCUGGUGUCUGUCGAGCUGCGCAAUUGGAUCCGAAGAGAAACUGCUGUGGAGCUGACUUUGAGCGCGAUCAUGCAGGCCGAUAGUUUACGUGCCCUCGCAACCGAGAUUUUAUCACAAAGAAAGGCAGAGUGA